GACCCUGACGCCUUUGCCCACGCUCGUUGAGGCCGACACCACCUCUUAAUUGCCCGCCUCCACCGUCGACGCUCCUUCCCGGACCUGUCCCUCGUUUCACCCAAACUGCACCCUGCGUAAACCACGGCGCUGCCCCUUCGCUGCCCCUUCGCUGCCCCUUCGCUGCCCCCCGCCUUCAGCGUCGUCACGCUCGAGUAGAGUGGACUGAUAUCCUUCACCGCGCAACGCAGCGCGACGUCACUCAGCCCGGUGCUUGACCCGGAGCACACGUUGCUACUCACCCGUAAUCACACAAAGUCCGGAUACGCCACCCGCACCAUGAAGUUCACAUCCGUUGUCGGGGCCUUAGGCGCCUCGAGUAUGCUGCUGUCUGGCACAGGCGCAAUCGAGCUGGACAUUCAAUCGCCGGGUAUGUGCCCCUCGCCUCCUCGCCUCUGUGCCCCAAAGCCUGCUAACAUGCACAGAUUCAAUCAAGCAGGCCGCCAAGUCGCUCUCUGCGAACUUGCGCAACUACUACACAGGCGAUCGCCCCGGCGACACGCCAGGCAACCUGCCUGAUCCAUACUACUGGUGGGAAUGUGGCGCCAUGUUCAAUGCCCUGAUCGACUACUGGUACUACACCGGGGACGACCAGUAUAACAAGAUCACCGCACAAGCUAUGGAGCAUCAGAUCGGAGACUUCAAUGCAUUCAUGCCACCCAACCAGACGAAGACGCUCGGCAACGACGACCAGGCCUUCUGGGGCAUGGCCGCCAUGUCUGCCGCCGAGAACAAGCUGCCAGAUCUCGGUAGCGGAAAGCCGUCGUGGCUCUCGCUGGCGCAAGCCGUCUUCAACACCCAAAAGGACCGCUGGGACAACGCCACCUGUGCAGGAGGCCUGAGGUGGCAGAUAUUUACCUUCAACAAUGGCUACAACUACAAAAAUACUAUUUCCAACGGCUGCUUCUUCAACAUCGCCGCGCGUCUGUACAAGUACCUCGGAAACGACACCUACUCCGACUGGGCUGAGAAGGCGUGGGAAUGGGAGCUUUCCGUGGGCCUCAUGAGCAAGGACUACCAUUACUUUGACGGAACCGACAGUCAGAACAACUGCACAAACAUCCAGGCCAUCCAGUGGACUUACAACGCCGGCGUGCACAUGGCCGGUGCUGCUGCCAUGUGGAAUAUGACUCAGAACGACCUAUGGAGGGGCAGACUUGAGGGCAUCAUCAAGGGCGCUGGUGUCUUCUUCAACAACAACGUCAUGAUUGAGGUUGCCUGUGAGAACAAUGGUAAAUGCGACGUCGACCAGCGGUCUUUCAAGGCCUAUCUUGCUCGCUGGAUGGGAUACACCGCCAUCGUUGCACCCUGGACGCGUGACAUGAUCGAUCCCCUUCUCAAGACCUCCGCCCAAGCUGCAGCCAAGCAGUGCAAUGCUGGCGCAGACCAGGUCUCUUGCGGUCUUCGUUGGGUUGACAACGGCAAGAACGAUGGCAGCUUUGGUGUCGGCGAGCAGAUGGCCGCGCUGGAGGUUGUGCAAGCUUUGCUCUACCCGACAGUCGGUGGUCCCGCGACCGCCGACAAGGGCGGUAUCUCCACCAGCAACCCUGAAGCUGGUGCCAACGUUCCCAAGACUCCCAUUACUUUCAAUUCAGUGACCACUGGCGACAAGGCCGGCGCUAGCAUCCUGACCUUGCUGGUCUUGGUUUCUAUUCUUGUGGGCGCUUGGUGGAUGGUGUCGUAG